AGAGAAGAGAGCGUGGUGAUUGGAGGAGGAGGAGUGCAGCGUCACAGCAUCUGAGGAGGAGAUGAGGAUGCUCCUCUGAACUGGGAGGGAAUACAAUCACAGGGAGAACGCACAGACCGCUCAGCCAUUACCAGCUGGACGAACGCAGACGCCUCUGCGGGCUUCAUUUCCACACCCACUGCUUUUGGACUCGACUGCCGCAGCCAUGAAUUAUCUCCGCCGCCGUCUCUCGGACAGCACUUUUAUCUCCAACCUUCCCAACGGCUACAUGACGGACCUCCAAAGGCCUGACCAGGCUCAGCCUCCGCCGCCUGCCUCCACCACACCUGCCAAGUCUCCCACAGCAGCUGGGCCCGUGCCUCCUGCUGCUUCUCCUGCUCCGGAGAAGAAACCUCAGCCGGCCCAGUCCAGCGGGGCAGGAUUCUUCAGCUCCAUCACAAACGUAGUGAAGCAAACCGCUGCCUCAGCAGGGCUGGUGGACCAGACCCAAGUCACGACUCCAAAAAAGUUCAAGAUUCUCUUCGUCAUUGAUGAACCCCAGCAGGAGUGGGCAAAGAUAUUCCGAGGAAAGAAAGUGUUUGGGGAUUACGACAUCAAAGUGGAGCAGGCGGAGUUCAGCGAGAUCAACGUCAUGGCUCAUGCCAAUGGGACGUGCAAUGUCAACAUGCAGGUCCUCAGAAACGGAACUAAAGUUGUCAGGUCCUUUAAGCCCGAUUUCGUCCUGAUUCGCCAACAUGCCUUCAGCAUGACCCAGAACGAAGACUUCCGCAACCUGAUCAUUGGGCUGCAGUACGGAGGAGUUGCGAGCAUCAACUCACUGGAGUCCAUUUACAACCUGUGUGACAAGCCGUGGGCGUUUGCUCAGCUCAUUAACACCCAGCGGAAACUGGGGUCUGAUAAGUUCCCUCUGAUCGAGCAGACCUUUUAUCCAAACUACAAAGAGAUGGUUAGCAUGCCGUCCUUCCCGGUGGUGGUGAAAAUCGGACACGCUCACUCUGGAAUCGGAAAGGUAAAGGCUGACAAUCACAGCAAGUUCCAGGACAUAGCCAGCGUCGUGGCCCUCACACAGACGUACACCACCACUGAACCACUCAUCGACUCCAAGUAUGACAUCAGAAUCCAGAAGAUUGGCACGGAUUACAAAGCUUACAUGAGAACGUCGAUAUCAGGGAACUGGAAGACCAACACCGGCUCAGCCAUGCUGGAACAAGUGGCCAUGACUGACAGAUACAAGAUGUGGGUAGACACCUGCUCGGAGAUUUUCGGGGGCCUGGAUAUUUGCGCAGUGAAAGCCAUUCAUGGAAAAGAUGGCAAGGAUUACAUCACAGAGGCGGUGGGUUCCUCUAUGCCUCUGGUGGGGGAGCAUCAGGCAGAGGACCGGCAGCUGAUCGCAGACAUGGUGAUCGCCAAGAUGAAUCAGAUUGCAGAGAACGAAGCCAAUGCACCCAAAAGGCCGACAACCGUGCAGCCAACACAGGGUGCUGGACAAAAGGGAGAAAUAAGCGGAGAACCCACCAAGAAUGGCGUCGGGCGUCCACCUCAAGGCUGUCUGCAGUACAUCCUGGACUGCAACGGCGUCGCUGUGGGUCCGAAACCAGUCCAGGCAAACUGAGUCACCUCAGAGGAAAAGAAAAGAAAGGUAUCAGAUUCAUCGGCGUCCCGUAACUGACGACAGCUCGGACGAGGAUUUGUGUGUGGCUGCUGUCUGGAUGAGUGAUCUGGCUGGAGCGCUGCCCUGGACUGUGUUUUAACUCUAUGCAGUGUCCCAAUGUACUGUCUUCUUGUUGAUUUGUGUGCUUGGAUCGGUCACUGACGUCUGUGCUUUUCCCUUUGGAGCUAUUGUUGCCUACGUUUGAAGCAGAUCGUGCCUACACUGAGUCCAGUGAUGCUCUUUGCUAACUUUUAGUUUGUCCUCUUACUUGGUUCCCUCCGCGUGUUGCUCUCGGUGGUAUUCAAACUGUGAAUUAUCGUGCAGUUUGAUAUUUGUGUAUCUCUUGAUAUGUGUAUAGUACGUGGGCGUGUAUGGCUGUUAGUGGUGAUUAUUUUCUAAUAGAUAUUUAUUUUUGUUUUGCAUGACUGAAACAAAGACAGGUGCAAGUCGCUGAAUAUAUCAGUGGAUCAAGUGUGAAGUCGUUGUCCCUGUGGCUUUGUGAAUGUGUCAUAACGUAUGGCAAAUAACAUGUAUUCUCAUCAGGAACCAUUCAUUGACAGAGCAAUCACCCAACAGAGAAUACUGCCUUUUCAAAGUUCAUUUUUAUCAUGACUAACACAGUAAUUAUGAGAUUAAUAUGGGGGGGUGGAGAGACUAAUUCAUCAGUCUUAUAAUAUAUAAAUAUAUAUAUAUUUUACAACCAAAGAGUUUAGAUUUAGUCACAGUUUUGCACCCAAAUCUUACAUGUGAAUAACAGCUGAGGUGCUGAUUUAGCAUAUGAGUUGCUGUCUUCAGUAGAGAUUACAAAUCAACUUUAUAUUCUAUAGUCAUUGAAAUGUCUGUCAGAUAUGACAAUAUGAGUGUGCAGUCAGGCCUUACUACCCUUGGAAUUGCCAUUUAAUGCAGUUCAGGAAUCAAACUCCGACGUGAUGGAAAGUGCAAUAUAUUAAUCCCAUGUUUGCUUUUUUUUAAAUUUUGAAAUCAGAUCUUCCAUCUUUAGAUUCAAAAGCUAUAUCCAUCCACAUGUGGAUCCAUCCGACUCACCCGUUUGUAUGUAUUCUUAACAGCUAACUGGAGUCCAAAUCUACUGUAUAAACCGGCAUCUAACAACAUCCUGUAUGUAACCAUGGUUUCUAUUUGGCAGAGCUCAAUGUGAAAUUCUUUUGUGUGAAGGUGUACCUUUGUAAAAAGCCAUGCCUGAGGCUUUAUGGAUGUGAUGUACUGUUAUAACUAGGAUAUACGCCAUGACAUUAACUACUAACCAUGGAGGAGGUUACAGAUUUCUGUGAUGAUUCUAACAUUGAUGGUGUCGUCUUGUUGACGCGGACAUGUCUAAGGACUUCAACAACACAGGGGCCAUGGGAACAAACUCUGAAAACAAGCCGUGUUAGACUGUUGAAAUCAUGCUAAGAAUACCAUAUACGUUGUGGGGGGGGAAAUGUCAGUGGCAAUAAAGCUUUC